AGGAUCUAAACCUUAUCUCAAUGCUUGUGGACAAUGCUACAAUUGGUGAAUGGAACCUUCAAGGACUUCCUAGUGAUGACCUGUCUAUCCAGAAUGGAAUUAUUGUUACCAAAGCAUCUCGUUUUUCCACUUCUUAUUGACCCACAGGGUCAAGGGAAAAUAUGGAUUAAAAAUAAAGAGAAGAAUAAUGAACUACAGGUGACAUCUCUGAAUCACAAGUAUUUUAGAACUCACCUGGAGGACAGUUUGUCUUUGGGAAGACCCCUUAUGAUUGAAGACGUUGGGGAGGAGCUCGAUCCAGCACUUGACAAUGUUCUUGAGAAAAACUUUAUUAAAUCUGGAUCAACAUUUAAAGUAAAGGUUGGUGAUAAGGAAGUGGACGUUAUGAAA